CAAAGUUUUGCGUUCAUGGCUGUAUAUAGGUCGGAUAAAAGCGCAAAAUAGACACGAUUGCUCCGUACCUGAGAGUCUGAGACUUGAAACUCUUUCGGGAAUUAGCGUCUGCAAUUUUCAAUUUUAGGUUUGGAUCUUCUGAAUUCGGUCUCGAGCUUGAGGACUAUGAGUGCACAUAUUGAGUCUGCUUAGAAAGGAUGCCGGGCAUACCUUUAACGCCUCGCGGAACUUCGUACUCUAGAGCUGCGGAUCAGAUGUGCCGUCACGAUACCCAUGGGCACUUGUCUGCAGAAGAGGAAACUGCAGCUGAAGAAAGCCUUUCCAUUUACUGCAAACCUGUUGAGUUAUACAACAUACUUCAACGCCGAGCAGCAAAAAAUCCAAUUUUCAUACAAAGAUGUUUGCGGUACAAACUACAGGCAAAACAUAAAAAGAGGAUACAAAUGGCAAUUUCUCUUCCAGCAACUAAAAAUGACGGUUCACAGAUUCAAAGUUUGUUUCCUUUGUGUAUAUUGUUGGCUAGACAAGUUCAAAUUCCCGUAGCUUCUAAGGACCCCGAAGUCUAUUCCUUUAAGCGGGCAUCCAUAAUAUCUUCUUGCACUGGAGUAGACAGGGUGAAUCAAGCUUAUGCGAAAUUUAUCCUUCCUGAAAUGAAUAAGCUAUCAGCAGUUGAGGCUAGUUCACUUGGAAUUCUUUUUAUUAGUUGUGCUGAGCUUGCGAAGGACAAUAUGGACAUGUCAUAUUUUCCUUCAAACGUUGAAGGGCACUGCUUAUUCGGUAGGUUGUCUAUGGAAACAGUUCAUUUAUCUUUGGAAGGGUCUCCAAACUUGAGUCUUGGAGAGAGGACAGAGAUGUGGCGAAAUGUUGACUUGUGCACCCGCUUCAUGAAGCUAAGCUAUUUGGACAAGCAUGGGUAUAUUUCAUUUCAGUUUCCUCAACAAUUUGGAGCUGUGGAUACGUCACUAGCGAUUGGAGUUUAUGUUGCUGCAGAAGAAGUUGGGGCACAGGAGAGAACACCUUAUGAUUCAUACUCAUAUAAUGAUAUUCCUAAUACAUCGUUGCAGCAUAUUAUGAGGCUGAGGACUGGAAAUGUUGUUUUCAACUAUAGAUACUAUAACAACAAGUGUCAGCGGACUGAAGUGACAGAAGACUUCACUUGUCCUUUCUGCUUGGUGAAAUGUGCAAGCUUUAAGGGUCUGAGAUAUCACUUAUCCACCUGUCAUGAUCUAUUCAAUUUUGAAUUUUGGGUUACUGAAGAUUAUCAGGCCGUAAAUGUGUCUGUUAAAACUGAUGCAUGGAGAUCUGAGAUCAUUGCUGAUGGUGUUGAUCCCAAGCAACAAACAUUUUUCUUGUGUUCAAGGCCCUGCCGACGCAGAAAAUCACAAAGUGUAGUUCAGAAUGCAAAACAUGUACAUCCACUAGUCUUUGAUUCAGAUUUCCCUACAACAAUUAAUGAGCUUCAGGUCAAGAAUGAUGCAGGUAUCAUGGACUGUGACGCAUCAAGUCCCAAUGCUACAGGUGUUUCAUCAGCCACAGGACAUUCAUAUCCAGAUCCCGAUUGUAUGCAAUCAUUGCCUGGAAGCAGUUUAGCACCACCUGCAAUGCUUCAAUUUGCAAAGACCAGGAAGUUAUCAGUUGAGCGCUCCGAUCCAAGAAACCGCACACUCCUGCAGAAGAGGCAAUUCUUUCACUCACACCGAGCCCAGCCUAUGGCAAUGGAACAAGUUUUAUCAGAUCGGGACAGUGAGGAUGAAGUUGAUGAUGAUGUUGCAGAUCUCGAAGACCGGAGGAUGCUUGAUGACUUUGUUGAUGUAACCAAAGAUGAGAAGCAAAUGAUGCAUCUUUGGAAUUCAUUCGUGAGAAAGCAAAGGGUGCUUGCAGACGGCCAUAUUCCUUGGGCAUGCGAGGCCUUCUCAAAGAUGCAUGGGCAAGAUUUUUGCCGGACUCCAGCAAUGCUCUGGUGCUGGAGAUUGUUCAUGAUAAAACUAUGGAACCAUGGUCUCCUCGACGCCCGCACCAUGAACAAUUGUAACGUAAUAUUAGAGCAAUUUCAAAACCAAGAAGCGGACAGAACGAGAAGCUAAUUUCGUCCGUUCUUUCUCUUUUGAGAGGGGGGUGUACUGCUGGUGACUAAGCUCCAGUUCAGACUCCCAACCAUAUAUAUUCUACCCUGCCUUCCAAGUCUUCCAUUCUGAUCUUACAAAUGAGGCUACCUGCUUGAAUAUAAAGUAUGUUAGGUUUUGCUUUCAUAUACUUUGAUGGAAGUACAUACAGUGAAUACAUUCAUUUUCAUGCAUCAUCCUAAUUGGUAAAAGAAUUAGCAGUCAUUUCAAUCC